CUUCAUUCAACGGUGUGCAUGCAUGCGAGCACAACCACGCGUUCACUUACCAGGCUUCCGAGCUAGCUACGCACGAUGUAUCGAGAAAGGACAUUAUUCAACUCAAGCGUACGCGUGAAAACUGAACCCGGUGUAGUAGAAACCGGAGAAAAAGUACUAGAAUUUAUCCGAAAAUCCACCAUGACGACCCUAAAACAUGACCCUAAGGACAUCACCGAGCGCGAACAGGUGCGGAAGAUAUUCCUUGGGGGUCUGAAUUCGGAGACAGUUGAGGCGACCCUGCGCGACCACUUUGGCAAGUAUGGGGACAUGACAGACUGCUGCGUCAUCAGGGAUGCCGCCAAGAAGUCACGCUGCUUUGGCUUUGUCACGUUCACCAAGAUGGCCAUGGUGGACUCCGUCAUGGCCGACUUCAAGGAGAAAGGCGGCCCCGCGAUUGACGGCAAGACGAUAGAGAUCAAGAGGGCCAUUCCGCGCGAGGAUUCGUGCGAAGGUGCUGCCAAGGAAAGAGUGAAGAAGGCCUUUGUAGGGGGCAUCAGGGAAGAGACCACAGAAGAUGACCUGAAGGAGUACUUCAGCAAGUACGGCACCGUCACGGAAGUCAAGAUCCCCACAGAUAAGACUACGAAGAAGCGGGGAUUCGCCUUUGUCACCUUUGAUGAUCAUGACAUCGUCAACAAGAUAGUCGCAAUAAAGACGCACUACAUCAAGGACAGACGGUGCGAGGCCAAGAAGGCCGUGCCUCGGAAUGCGAUCAGCAAGAAGGAUGGACCUGACAACUUCGGAGGCGGCAGUAACUUUAGAGGGGGUUCAGGGGAUUUUGGAAAUAACUUCAGCAACGACAGAGGUAACUUUGGUGGUGGUUUCAACAAUGGCGGAAACUUCAGCAGUGGGCAGGGUUUUGGAGGCAAUUUUGGAGGGAACCAAGGAUUCGGGAACAACUUUGGAGGUGGCGGGGGAGGAUUUGAUGGUGGAAGCUUUGGCAACAAUUGGAACAGUGGCGGUGGGGGUGGUGGUUUCAACAACUUUGGCAGGAACUACGGUGGGGAUAGUUCCAACUUUGGGCCCAUGAAGAACACACAGUUUAACAACAGAGGCCAGACUCCAUACAGUGGUGGUAACGGAUUCGGCAACAAUAUGGGGAGGAAUAUGGGAGGGAAUAUGGGCGGUAAUAUGGGUAACAUGGGUGGCAAUAUGGGCAACAUGGGUGGCAAUAUGGGCAGCAAUAUGGGAAACAUGGGAGGCAUGGGUAAUAUGGGUGGUGGUAUGGGCAAUAUGGGCGGCAACAUGGGUGGCAAUAUGGGCAACAUGGGGAACAUGGGCAACAACAUGGGCGGUAAUAUGGGCAACAUGGGCCGAGGCAUGGGCGGG